AUGCUGCUGCGUGGCGUUGCACAGAGCGGGAGAAGAGGGCUGGUGGCGCGGCCUGUUCGGGUGUCCGCUCGCGGCCUCGCCGCCGCCGCCGCCGGCGGCCAGCGCAUCCUCUACCGCUCCACGCGUGGCGGCCAGUCGGACCUGACGUUCAGUGAGGCGGUGCUGCAGGGCCUCGGGACGGACAAGGGUCUGCUGGUGCCGCAGGCGAUCCCGCGGUUCGACGCGGCGACGCUCGAGUCGUGGCGCGGCCUGCCCUUCCACGCCCUCGCCGCCGAGGCGCUCACCGCGGCGAGCUACGGGGCGCAGUGGCGCGACGAGGCGGUGACACCGGUAACCACGCUGCCCGGCGGGAUGCGGCUGCUCGAGCUGCACCACGGCCCGACCUUCGCCUUUAAGGACGUCGCGCUGCAGUUUCUCGGAAACCUCUUCGAGCUGCUGCUGGCGAAGCGGGAGGCGGCGGGGCUGUCGCACACCCUGACGGUGGCGGGGGCGACGUCGGGCGACACGGGCUCGUCCGCCAUCCACGGCUUGCGCGGCAAGCGUGGCGUGGAGGCCUUCGCCUCUCCGCGAGGCGGCGUCGUCUUCAUGAUGUACCCAGAGGGGCGCACCUCGCCGACGCAGGAGCUGCAGAUGAUCUCCGUCCUCGACGCAAACAUCCACAACAUCGCCCUCGCGGGCACCUUCGACGACUGCCAAAACAUCGUCAAGGCUCUGCCGACGAGUCCGCGCGCCGUGGCUGCGCUCUUCAACGACCACGCCUUCCGGGACAGCGUCGGCCUGGCCGCGGUCAACUCGAUCAACUGGGCGCGGAUCCUCGCACAGACCGUCUACUACGUCCACGCCUACCACGAGGCGACCUCGCCCGGCGCUGCACUCGAGGGCACGCAGGUCUCGUACUCUGUGCCGACGGGCAACUUUGGGGACAUCCUCGCGGGCUGGUACGCAAAGCAGAUGGGGCUGCCCGUCCGCAAGCUCAUCGUCGCGACCAACGAGAACGACAUCCUCCACCGCUUCUUCCAGGCUGGCGACUACUCCCAGCUCGGCGACAUCCAAAUCUCGUCCAACUUCGAGCGCUUCCUCUUCCACGCGGGCGGCGACGACGCGCCCGCGCUCAAGUCGCUGAUGGACGGCCUGGAGGACACGAAGCGGCUUACGCCGCCCCCCUCGCUGCUCGCCGCCUGCCGGGAAGAGAUGGACUCGGAGCGCGUGGAUGACGCCGAGGUGCUCGCCACGAUCGCCGACGUGCACACCGCUUCGGCUGGCGAGCAUACCCUCGACCCGCACUCGGCCAUCGCCGUGGCGGGCGCUCGUCGCUACUUGCAGCGCGCGCCCGAGGAGGCUGGCGUGCCGAUGGUUGCCCUCGCCUGCGCCCAUUGGGCGAAGUUUGCGUCGGCGGUGGGCCGCGCCAUCGGGCCAGAGGAGGCGGCCAAGCUCGAGAUGCCCGAGCCGCUCGCGUCGCUGCACGGCAAGCCCACCCGCGUCGCGCCUCUGCCGAACGAUGUGUCGGCCGUGCGGCAGCACAUCCACGCCACACUCGCCCAGGCGCACGAGUCGUCGGACCAGGAGGCGGUCGGCGCUUGAGCCGCUCAUGGCGCCGCCGCCGCCGCCUUUGUGCAGGCCCCAGUGGCUCAUCCGCUCUCACGCUCCAAUCGAGCACGCGCAAAGCUAUGGCGCGCGGCUCGAGGUCGGUCCCAGUCCCUGUGUGCGGUCGCACCGCACCACGCGCACACCACGAUAUACGGCAUGUUCGACACUCACUAGGAACAAAAAACCGAUCAAUCGGUUC